AUGCAGCUCCUCAAUAGAAAUAAACUAUCUCCUCGGGCUGCCAUUCCUGCUUCAGCAGAGAGGCAAAGUAGUGCUUCGGCCGAGACCUCUUGCUCGAGGCAAUCACGCGUUGCAACUUUACGCUAUCGCUUAAGACGGUCACGUCUACUGGCACGAAGAAUGGUGAGGACGGCGUCGCCGUUGUCCUUGUCGAGUCCCGAGAUAAAAUCAUCGUCAUUGCGGAGUCCUCCAACUACAUCGAACAAUGCUGGAGAGAGACCGACGCCUACUUCCUCCACUUCCAACCACGACCCUCAAGGUGAGGUUCUCGUUGACUCUUUUCUAAACGCAAUGGAGGCUUGGAACCCAGGCUUCGGCAUCAUUUCUAGAGAAGAAAACGCCAAAAAUCUACUGGAGAUGUCUUUCUGUGUCCACGCUCAGACCAGAGGUCUUGGUCAGUUUUUCGAUGUUGAUAAAUGAGUUUUCAGAUGUUCUUCAACCUCUAGUACCUUUAUUCCGUUUUCUUUUCCGUAUUUGAUCAGAACGUAGGUGGAAAAAUCAUUAGCAAGGCAAAUUGUACAAGAACGAGG